GAGGGAGGGUGAGCACCAGCAGAACGGUGUCGCUACCGAUAACUACAACAGCCGUGAAGAUCCUGGCUGUAGAAACACACACACUGUCUCUCCAUCUUCUCGUGUCCUGGGAUUCCUUCCCUAUGGAUUUCCAGGCUCUCAGCCCUCUCCUGCCCGAGGAGAAGAGAAGAUCCAAGGAUAUACCCAUCCAUGUUGGACUGGUUUCCUCCCGGGGACCUGUGAGGACAUCUCAGCCAAAUCACCUUACAAAUCACAAGGUGCCUGCCAUUCCAACAUCAGUGGCUCUGACAUGAGUUGGUGGGAUCCUCAGGAGUCUGUCUGUCUUUCCUGCAAUGUGUCCUCCUGGUUGAUCUACAGUGCCUGGUGACAGGCUUCACUACACCCUGAGAACACUUGAUGCCCUGGGGGAUAUAAGCUCAGCAAAGACCAGACAGCUUUAGGAGUGAACAAUAGUGUGGACCUGACUGAGAUCAAAGAGAGGAAAAAUAAGGUUGCUGAUGCAGGCAUUGACCUGUAUCGUCAAUGAUAUCCAUUGUUAUCAGUUGAUACCCAUGGAGACUUCUGGCUUUAGGCUGAAGCUGCUUCGUGGGUAUCAGGGGUUGGAGAAAGGAUAAAAAUGAUGAAAGGGAUGGCUUGCCACCUUCCCUCAAAGGGGCUGGAUGGUGGAUAAGCACAUUUGGAGGAUGCAGCUUACUGCGUGCCAAGUAGUGCUAGCUCAGGACCUGUGGCAGCAUCCUAUUACAGAAGCAUCUAGGGCCUUCUAAGAGACUGGAACUUUUGCUGGGCCUCAUCAUGGCCAGAGUGCAGAAUGCACACUGAUGUCACUCAAGACUUACGACUGCUGCCCUACUGGGUACUCAGCCCGUUUGUUUAACCUGCUUCUCACAAAAACAGCAUAACAACCAACCUUACUUGCCUUGAAUUUCCCAGGUAAUCUACUUUUACAACCUAGGCUGAUGUAUAGCUUUAAUCUGAAACUGGACCCACGCCCUGAGCAGAGAGCAAUCGAUGUGUGUUAUAACUCUCACUUGCUGAAAAUAGUAAAUAGAGCAAAAGCAGCCCUAUGAAAUAGCAAUCAGCCAUAAAGAGUGAGCGCAGCACACAGAUACGGCUUGAUAACACUGUUUGUUGUCUGGGUCAGCUGGGGUCAGUAGAGCCUCAUUCCUUCCAGAACUCUGUUGAAGAUUUCUGAAAAGCAUCCUUCAUCCCUUCCCCAUGCCAUUCCUUCCAAAUCAUCAAUAAACACAGAGUAAAAGCCCUUUGUUAGGGACACAUGGUCAGCUGGGUUGACAAGACAGGCAGGCAGGCAGGCAGAUUCAGAUUUAUACAACAGACAGAAGAGACAAGGAGAGAGAAGUAGAGAAUUCAGAUCUGGCUUUGCUCCUGGUCAGACUACACCCAGAGGAAGCCUUGGAUUCCUUUUCCUUGAUGCCACAGUGACUGACCUUGGGUUCUCACGAAUGCAUUUAAGCCAUGCAAGGACCCAGAUGACAGAGGCUUUGCACAGAGUGAGGGAGGGGGCGUUCUUCAUCUUUACAUAUAGAAAAGAACUGUAGGUCUAGCAGUGUAGUGGGACCUAGAUAGCACACGGCACUGACACACUGGGAAGGAAGAUUUCCUCCCAGGAGAAGUCGUGGCUGGCAACAGAAGCCAGGCAGAGCAGCCUUCUUCCUGAGCAAGCUCUCAGAAGGUGAGGGAGUUUGGAUGGACAGCCGGAAGUUCAUUACUGAGAAAUCUGCAGAACUGCAAACUCCAUAGUGAAUACCAGCAUGACUUUAUUUGUGUGUGUAGCUGGUGAGGACAGAGGACAUUUAGGGAGCAUUUGAAAACCCCUGAAGUCCCAUAGCACGAUUUAUUUAUUUAUUUAUUUUGGUUUUCCAAGACAGGGUUUCUCUGUGGCUUUGGAGCUUGUCCUGGAACUAGCUCUUGUAGACCAGGCUGGCCUCAAACUCACAGAGAUCUGCCUGCCUCUGCCUCCUUAGUGCUGGGAUUAAAGGCGUGCGCCACACCACCGCCCAGCUCCAUAACAUGAUUCUUAAGGCUACUUCUUUUCAGUCUCUAAGUUGGUCCUGACAGAUGGCUAUCCUUCAUGGCCUGUCUAGUCAAAAAGUCAAAAGUCAGAGUUUCUGGGCAUCACUAUAUGUUCUUAGUAAAGGGAGAAGAAAAUUCAUAGUCCACAAUUAAGUCUAGAAGCCCCACGUCUAUAAUUUCAAUGCUUGGAAGGCUGAGGCAGGACAAUUGCCACAAGUUAGAAGCCAGCCUGAGCUACAACUGGAGUUAUAUAGCAAGAAGGGUCGGAGACACCAACCAAGCUCUCCAAAACUGCCCUGGUUUUCCUUACCACCUGUGUGGCUUCAAUCGCUGUGACUCACUCCGGAGCCAGACAAGCACUGCCUAUACCGAUAUUUUCAAAGCUGCACGCGUCCUGCCAUCAGGAAGCAAUGGCCGGAAGAUUAGUGGUAGAUCAGCUGAUUCUCCCUCCGAUGUUCUGAUUAAAUAGAGCGUUCUGUAUAGCAUGUCCUAGGAUAAACCGGCUUGACAGAAAACUUCAACUUUUACAAGUUCUGAUCGGAUGCUGUCCUUGAAGACAGACCAAGAGGAAGCUGCGCCUUCAGCUGCCCAGGUUUGUCUGAUUUCAUUUUUUUUUUUUUGUUCUUUUUCUUUGGUUCUUGUUACUGAAGCACCCAGGGUCUUUUGCAUGGUAGGCAGGUGCUCCACCCCCACACUGCGUCCCCAGCCCAGAUUCUCAACCUAUAAAGACACUGGUCCCACACAGACAGUGUCUAACUGUAGUUUGUCUGCCUCAAACCCUGGAGAACCACACCUGUGUCAAGGAGCGAGAACACAACAAUGGACUCUCUUUCUUGCCUAGACAGUGGACUUCCUCCAGUGUUGCCGUGAGCCUUCUCUACACCCUUCAUUUCUCACACUCCAGGUAGCAAAGGAGAGGAAAAAAGGCCUCGACUUUGGCCCAACCCAUCCAGUUUCUAAGCUUUUGGUUGAUGCCUUCCCAAGGUGUUUUCUCACUGUGUCCUCAGAAGUCUACAGAGUAAAUGUUUCUAUGCGGCAGACUUCCCUUUCUGUGCUCACCAUCGCACACUAAGAAGUGGGCAGAGGUGAGGUUUAAAUUCAGCAGCACGCCAUGAGAUUCCGUGUGUUAUCCCCCGCCCCCCAGCUCAUUCUCCAUCUGUGCCGUGUUUCUCCUUCCGGAAGCUCUCUUUGCCUCCUUUCAGUACUUCAAGCGGGUUUCCCAGGAGACCAGAGGGUACCCUGCUCCCAUCCACAGAGGCUUUGGAGGCCUCCGCCUCUGAAAAACAUCUCCAUCAUCCGUUGAAUGUUAAAGCAUCACUUUCUGAAAUGGCUCCUUGCAUCUUGAUAGGAUUUUUAUCCCUUAAACUUUUACAGGGACUACAGAGAUGACUUGGCCGCUAAGAAUGAUUAUUGCCCCAGCAGAGGACCCGUUCAGUCCCCAGCCCCCAUGUGGUUGGCUCACAACUACCUCUAACUCCAGCUCCAGAGGGGUUUGAUGCUUCUGGCCUCAGUGGGUACCUGUGCUUGUGUGUACAUGCUCAACAGAGACACAUACAGUAUCCGUAAUUUUAAGGAUAAAGAGAUAAAUCUUUCAAAGGACAAAUUUCCUGUGAGUUUCCAUGAAAUAGCGACUCUGGUCAUUACAAAUAUCCAGACUGCAUCCCACGGCCACUCCUCUGAGAAACUCAAAGAAAUGAAACAGAAUAUGGCGGCCUGGAGUGAAAACAAAUAGUAGAAGCCUUUGAAGGAGGAUGAAGAGGUGAAGGGAGAGAUGGACUAAUGGUCACUCUCCCUAUCUUCCAGGGCAGCUGCCUUUCAUCCCCAGCAUCUACUUUGGCUCCUCCCAUAAUCUUACUCAGAAAAGGGUGGUGCUGGGUUGUGUGCAGGGUGGUAUCGCACGUCUAGAAUCCCCAGUCUUGGCAUUCAAAUUCCCUACAUUUAGUCCUAGCAACUCCCUACCAUGGCACUCUCCCUCUGCAUGAAAACUGUGCCCCUGGAGGAAGCACAUCACCCCUCCAUAUCUUAAUUUCCUCAUCUGUGAAAUGGAGACGGCAGCCAUCCUUGGGCUUUGGAGUUGACAUGCACCUCAGGUAGAGAACAGGAGGCCCCACAGAGCAGCCACUGUGUACAAAACACACUGUGAAAGGCAACGCGGUGGUCUUUUCACCGCUGGCUUUUCCACGCCCGCGUUAACCACCUGUCUAAGUCCUGCACCCUACGGGCUCCCCGGACUCUGAAAGCAAAGACCUCCAUCCUUGUUCCACUAGCCCUGUGACAGCCCUGGCUAGCUACCUUGAAAUGGUUUCUUUUCUUAGCAGACUCUGGAAACAGAGAAAGCCCUUGCAUUUUCAAAUGUGGUUUGGCAUCGGAUUCCUUACAGAAUAGACGUCUUCUGUUCUCAUGGACAAUGAACCGCUCCCAGUUUGGUCAGAGCGGAAGCCAGUUCCUCCGAUGCCCUCCACCACUGGGUGAACACCAUCAACAAAAACUACCGUCUUUGAGGUUUGAAAGAAUCUUUCCUCCUUGGCCCAUGUUAGACAUGCUGGAUGAAAUCAGGGCGCUUAUUUUAUCUUCUCUGUUGGCAGUGCCCCAGCCCGCUGAGCACUGGGAAAAACCUGAGGCUUUCAAAUUCAUGGGGCCAUCAACUAAAAAUACACUUCCACACACACUCUAAAAGGAUCCCAAUUUAGAGCCACAAGAAGUAAUUCCACCAGAAGCAGUGUCCUUCUCUGGGUACCAUCCGAGGAGAGGACUUAACCAGCCCACACUUCCCCGCCUCGGUCGUGGGUAACGCCACAAGAAGAGUUCACGUUGCACAAGGGCUACAACAAAAUCUCUUUAGCUCCCAGUGUCCUCCUACACACUCAGCAAAUGGUGUUUUUUUUUUUUCUCGGAGAAGCAUGCGCCAACCCUUUAAGCUCUCUAAGGGAAAGGAACUCACUGUGAGUUAAUAGAAAACAAGCCCAAUUCCUUACCUACGCAUCGGGUGUCAAAAGUCACAAAGCUUUACUGAUUCUGAGGGGGGAGAAUUCCUGUCAUGAAGAAGAUAAUUGCUUCCACAGUUAACGCCUCCAAAAAUGGACAAAAAUAGCUGAAAGGGAGAUAUUUUAAAACUAUAUUAAAUCAUUCUACUAUGAAACCGCAAACUUGAAAAGGGCUGAGGAAAAGCAAAGAUCAACUAAAUAAUGUUUGCCUCUGUAGAGCCUUCUGCUCUCCCAAGAAUCUUCAAAACCCCGGCUGUGCAAUUCCAGCAGGGUUGGGGUGCUACAGAAGAGAGAGAGGAUGUCACCAGCAGAGGGCUAACUUGACUUUAGUUUGACUGGGUGAUGAGGAAGGCGACUUUAGGACCUUGUGUCUACUAAGAACUUCUCCUAUGGAAGGACCGGAGGAAAGACUUCAACCCAAGGGUCAAAGGAUGAAAGCAGGUGUCUCAGUGCUUCUCACUUGACCUGCUUACCUCUCCGGCUGACUCUCACUUGACCGCUUGUCUAACUUCUCAGAGAAGGAAGAAUAUAAUUAAUUUUCCAGCAACACCAGAUCUAAGGCAUCCAAGACUCAGCAGGCUUCUCAGACUGUUCAGGUCAGCAGGAGGGAGUGCAGUCGACCAGGUGAAACCCAUUAGUUCUCUUGGGGAGGAUCCCUUUGGAGUCACGUGGAUGAGUGUGUGUCUGAGCACCUGUGCUGGGGGAGGGAGGAUUCUUAUCGUCCUAGCAAGCCCACACACCAUAGGGGUUUGUAACACUGGCCUUCACUGGGGAAGUUGGAGCAUAUGAGUUAAUGAUAAUUUUCUCAGUUAAACCUACACAAGGCCAUGGCUUCUUUUUUUUCUUUUUAGUGUGUGUAUGUAUGUGUGUGUUUAUGUGUGUGUGUGUGCAUGUGAGUGGGUGAGUGUAUGCCCCUCUGUGCAUGUGUACAAUGUCCAGAAUAGGAUGUCAUGUGUCUGUUUCUAACAUUCUCCACGUAAUUGCCUUGAGACAGGCUCUCUCUGGAAGCUCUCCAUUUUGACUGGGCUGCCUGACCUGCGAAAGCUCUCGGGAUCAGAAUAUCUUUCCCUCCAAGUACUGAAGUCCCAUGCACAAGCAUCCACGCAAUGGGCACUAUGGAUUCAAACCAAGUCUUUUUUUUUUUUUUUUUUUUUUUUUUUUUUUGAUUUUUUGAGACAGGGUUUCUCCGUAGCUUUUGAUUCCUGUCCUGGAACUAGCUCUUAUAGACCAGGCUGGUCUCGAACUCACAGAGAUCCGCCUGCCUCUGCCUCCCGAGUGCUGGGAUUAAAGGCGUGCGCCACCACCGCCCAGCUCAAACCAAGUCUUCAUGCCUUUACAGCAGGAGUUCUUAGCCACGGAGUCAUCUCUCCUUGGGUGUUGCUUAUGAAGAUGAUUAUAACAGAAAUUCCUGCCAUAAUUUCUUCCAUUUUAAUACUUAGAUAAUAAGCAAAUUAGGAGUUGGACUUUCCCACAAAAAGAUCAUACACCUCUAGUCUCAAAGGAGAGACUCAAAUAGUUUCACCUGAAGAACCCUGUGUGGACACACAGCUGCGUCCAUGCACGUGGGGACUUGAACUCAUUUACUGCAUAGCUGUCCCUUUACUCCAGCCCUGCCAGUCCUGCAGGAUAUCGGAGCGGCAUGAGCUCCAGAUCAGUCGAUUGGAACUUCUGGGCAGACUGCCACAGGGUUAUCUGUUCCCAGAAGCGCUGUCGCCAUCUACAAAGACAAAAGACUUGAACUGCUUCUGAGGCUGCUCUUUCUGCUGUGUGGUGAGAGCCACAGCGUUAGAACAUGGGCAGCAGCGGCGGCCUUCUGAUCAGAACUCAGGCAGGUUCUGACUCCCGGCCUGCAGCUGCUGAACUGCAUCUGGGACCAAGCCACCAGGCACUCCUGUGUGGGACUAUCUUCAUCAGAUUAUUUGAAGCCGGAAGACCCAUCCUAAAUGUGGGCAGCGCAUACUGGUGGCAGCUCACAUAAAAGGACAUGGAAGAAGGAAACCUCUGCCCUUGGCUUGCUUGCCUUCGCUCUUGUUGGCAAGCGCACCGAUGCCGUGAACUUAGGCACUCUUACAGCGGUAUUUGAACGAGGUUCUUGGGGCUUCCAACCAGUGGCUCUCUGGGAGCCCUCCAGGUCUUCAGAGCCAGUCUAAACAGCCGAGACAUCCAACCUUACAGGCUCAGCAACUAACUACAAGAUUCUUGGGCUCUUCGGUGUGAGACCACAACCGCUGGACUACCUGGACUGUAAUCUUGAACCACGAAAGAGAAUAGAGCCCACAUCUGAGCCAGCACGGCCUGAGAAAGACUUGACAGAGUCCCUGGCAACAGAUAGAAAAUGACAGCAAACCCUCUAAGAACAGCUCUUGCUUUGCUCCUCUUUGCCCUCUCUGGGGUCCCAGCCAUGGCAGAAAUCUCUUGCAGAGGUGAAAAUGGUGAACCUGUGGACUGGGUUAUCUUUUAUAAGGUGCCCAAAGUGUUUCAUAAGAACAGGACAGGGCUGGAGUACCUGUACCUAGACUCCUUAACAAGAAAAUGGAAGAAGAGCAACCAUCUGAUCAACAACAACAAAAGUAUUUUGGGAAGGACCCUGGAGCCACUGUAUGAAGCAUACAACUCCAAGAGCAAUAACACAGCCUAUCUAAUAUACAAUGACGGUGUCCCUAAGUCUAUGAAUUACAGCAGAAAGUAUGGACAUACCAAAGGUCUACUUGUAUGGAACAGAAUCCAGGGCAUCUGGCUGAUUCAUUCUGUUCCCAGGUUUCCUCCACUUCCGAAAGAUGGCUAUGAUUAUCCAUCCUCAGGGAGACUUUAUGGACAAAGUGGCAUCUGCAUAACUUUCAAAUACAGCCAGUAUAAAAAAAUAGAUUUUCAGCUCUUUGUCUCCCAACCAAACAUCUACAGCUGCUCCAUCCCAAACAUCUUCCAUCAAGAAAUCGUCCAUAUGACUCAUAUGUGUGCUAAGUCCGGCUCCUUAAACAUCCCUGACCGGAGGCUCACCUCUCUGCAAUCUGCCCAGGGACUGGUGUUCUUCCAUUUUGCGAAAUCCUCUCUUUAUACUGAUGACAUCUUUACAGGCUGGAUGGCUCAAAGCUUGAAGACACCUUUACUAGUACAAACCUGGCAGCGGAGGAAUCAUGAGCUUCCUUCCAACUGCUCCCUUCGUUACCACGUCUACAAUAUCAACUACAUUAGACUAGAUCGCAAAUAUUCCUUCAGUUCUUACCAUGACCAUUCCAAAUGGUGCGUUUCCCGCAACUCCAACAAUCACUGGACCUGUAUUGGAGAUCUAAAUCGGGACCCACACCAAGCCGUCAGAGGUGGGGGAUUCAUCUGUACCAUGAGUUGGCACAUUUAUCAGUCAUUUUAUGGAGCAGCUACUCAUUAUAAAAAAUGUGGCUAAGCUUGGGGCAAGGACCUGUGCACUGCCCUUGAAAAUACUGGAAAUGGAACUUCUUGCCUUGGAUCCAUUCUCCACAUGUUAAAGGUUUCUGAGUGUGCACAGCGUAGCAUCCAAUAAAACACGGUGGGUCCCCAUUUCCCAAUCUGUUUAAUCAGUAGAAAUUUGUCUCCUUUGUAUUUAGGAAUUAGAAACCCAAAUCAAGAUAUACAAAUAACAAUAAUGGAUGGAAUGAAAGAGAAUAUUCUUGCAGUUUGGUCAUCUUCAGUGGCCGAUCUUGUAGAUUAAAUUUGAUCUCUUCUACAAAGCUCUCCUGACUGUUCCGUUCGAAGAAAAUAAAAAGUCUGCUCUCUCUCUCUCUCUCUCUCUCUCUCUCUCUCUCUCUCUCUCUCUCUGUCUUUCCUCCCCUCUUUCUCCUCCCCACUGGUUUAUAGUUUUGUCUCGCCAUCUUUGCAAGUGCUAUUUACUACUAAUAUAUUCUUGAACUGCUCACUUUAA